AUGGCUUUCAACCAGCGCCCACCCCGAGGCCCCGCGCAGGCUGGAGGUGCCCCGAAUAUGGCCCCGGACUUCAAUGCCAUGCUUCAGCGCUCUAUGCAGGCGCCUGGACAGCUUCAGCCUCAAGUCUCAGAACCCCCACGAGGGCCAUCGCCGUCUAUUGGUUACGAAGGCGUGUACAGUGCCACUCCACCACCACAGCAUGGCCCCAAUGUACUUGGUGGUGCACGAGGGCAGGCGCCGCCGCCAGUGUUGCCCGUCGACCUCCCACCGCAGGCCUUUCUGACGUCGGCGAUGCUGUUAGAUAUGGUGGACAAGAAGGUUGACGUAUUACUGCGCGACGAGAAAGAGUAUAUCGGUAUAUUACGUUCAUACGACCAAUUCGCGAACCUCGUCCUUACCGAGUGCUAUGAGCGGAUAGCAGCCCGCAACCCCGACGCACCACCUGCAUCUGAUCCCUCUGUCCCACGUUGGCUGAUACACGACGUCAAACUCCCUGGUGUUAUGACCGUAAGAGGCGAGAACGUCACCAUAUGCGCAACCGUCGACCUCGACCGAGAAGAACACCCCAAAGGCGCAAUGUUCGCCGAAGAAGACCAAGUACGGGCGCUGGCGGCAGCUCAAAAAGCAGAGAAAAAGGAAACCGAUUUACGGAAAGCCAAGGCGCUGAAGCAGGCUGGAAUUGAGCCUGGGUUCGGUAUGCAAGGGUAG